CGCCGCCCAGGAGAGAUGAAGCUGCACUGCGAGGUCGAGGUGGUCAGUCGGCACUUGCCGGCCUUGGGGCUGAGGAACCGGGGCAAGGGCGUCCGCGCAGUGCUGAGCCUCUGUCAGCAGGCGCCCCAAAGUCAGCCGCGGCCUGGGGCCGGGGCCGGGGCCGAGCGAGGCGGCCCGCAGCCCCCCUGCUUGCUUAUCUCCACCCUGAAGGACAAGCGUGGGACCCGCUACGAGCUAAAGGGAAACAUUGAGCAAUUCUUCACCAAAUUUGUGGAUGAGGGGAAAGCCACUGUUCGGUUAAAGGAGCCUCCUGUGGAUAUCUGUCUAAGUAAGGCCAACCCCAGCAGUUUAAAGAGUUUCCUUUCAGUUGUGAGACUGGCUCAUAGAGGCUGUGACGUCGAGGCACCACUUUCACCCCUCACACCAGUGAAGCCUUCGGAAUUUGAAAAAUUUAAAACCAAAAUGGUUAUCACAUCCAAAAAGGACUAUCCUCUAAGCAAGAACUUCCCGUAUUAUCUGGAACAUCUUCAGACUUCUUACUGUGGGCUUGUUCGAGUUGAUACGCGUAUGCUUUGCUUAAAAAACCUUAAGAAAUUAGACUUGAGUCACAACCAUAUAAAAAAGCUUCCAGCUACAAUUGGAGACCUCACCCACCUUCAAGAACUUAACCUGAAUGACAAUCACUUGGAGUCAUUUAGUGUAGCAUUGUGUCAGUCUACGCUCCAGAAAUCACUUCGGAGUUUGGAUCUCAGCAAAAACAAAAUUAAGAUACUCCCUGUACAGUUUUGCCAGCUCCAAGAACUUACAGAUUUAAAACUUGAUGAUAAUGAAUUGAUUUGCUUUCCUUUCAAGAUAGGACAGUUGACAAACCUGCGAUUUUUGUCAGCAGCUCGAAAUAAGCUUCCAUUUUUGCCUAGUGAAUUUAGAAAUUUAUCCCUUGAGUACUUGGAUCUUUUUGGAAAUACUUUUGAACAGCCAAAAGUUCUUCCAGUUAUAAAGCUGCAAACACCAUUAACUUUAUUGGAAUCUUCUGCACGAACCAUAUUAUAUAAUAGGAUUCCAUAUGGCUCACAUAUCAUUCCUUUCCAUCUUUGCAAAGAUUUGGAUACUGCAAAAACCUGUGUUUGUGGAAGAUUCUGCCUAAGCUGUUUCAUUCAGGGAAUAACUACCAUGAAUCUACACUCUGUUGCUCAUACUGUGGUCUUAGUAGAUAACAUGGGUGGCACUGAAGCACCUGUUAUCUCUUAUUUCUGUUCUCUGUCCUGUUACGUAAAUUCCUGUGAUAUGUUAAAGUAAUAGAUGAUACCACAA